AUGCUGAGGUAGAUGCCAGUCUGGCUGGUCUUGGAGGCACCGCUGAUGAUAGGGACCUUGUUCUCGCCCUUGGGAGUUUCUGGUACCUCGUUGGUCUUGGGGGGGACCGGAGUGGCGAUCGUGGUAGGGGGGACCAGCUUGUGCGGGGGAGAAGGAGUUGUGACAACGGUAGAGGGCUUCUCACGGGGCGGGCAGCUGGGGGGGCAAGGAGGCAGGCACUUCUCGCCAGUGCCGCAAGGAGGAUGAAGGUGACCCUCGGGCACCCAGAGGCACUUUUCGUGGUGGCACUUUUCCUCACACUCAGGGCCCUUGCAAUAAGACUCCUUCACAGGAGGGUAAGGGGGAGGAGGGCACUUCUCGCCGUGGCAAGGAGGGGGAGGGCACUUCUCACCGUGGCAGGGAGGAGGAGGAGGGUACUUCUCACCAUGGUGGGGAGGAGGGCACUUCUCGCCGUGGCAAGGAGGAGGAUGAGGGUACUUCUCAUCAUGGUGGGGAGGAGGACACUUCUCGCCAUGGCAAGGAGGAGGACACUUCUCGCCGUGGCAAGGAGGAGGACACUUUUCGCCGUGGCAAGGAGGAGGAUGAGGGUACUUGUCGCCAUGGUAGGGAGGAGGGCACUUCUCACCAUGACAGGGAGGAGGGCAUUUCUCACCGUGGCAAGGAGGAGGAUAAGGAGGAGGGCACUUCUCUCCAUGGCAUGGUGGUGGAGGAGGGCACUUCUCACCGUGGCAUGGUGGAGGAUAAGGAUGAGGGCACUUAUCUCCAUGGCAAGGAGGAGGGCACUUGUCGCCGUGGCAAGGAGGAGGAUGAGGGUACUUCUCAUCAUGGUGGGGAGGAGGACACUUCUCGCCGUGGCAAGGAGGAGGGCACUUCUCUCCAUGGCAUGGUGGUGGAGGAGGGCACUUGUCGCCGUGGCAUGGUGGCUGGGGGUGAUCCUGAGGCCACUUCUUCUUGUGACAUUUGGAUGGGCAAGCGGGCAGGCAAUGGCCGCUAG